UUCCAGCUCUGACCUGCCAUCACGGAUGGUAACCACUGCAAGGAAGAAAAAAACACAGUUAGCUAGCCGAGACAGCAGGGCUAGUUCAUGACGGGCUGCUGUCAUCCACAAUAACGCGUCAACUUAGCUUUAUUUACUCUUCACCCUGCUUUUCAUAUGACAACCUUCACACCCGGCGACCACAGCACAAUAUGUUUGAGGAUCCUGAACUCCAAGAUCCGUUGUCACUGAGUCUAAAUGAAAACUAUGAUGACCAGAAUUCGCCAAGUCAUGAUUCGAAAAAAGCACCUGCCAGCCCUGACUAUAACUGUGAGACACCAGAGAUUCGAGUAAUCAUCAAAGAGGAAGAGGAAGGCUGGACUGUGAGUGAAAAUUAUGAGAGCUUCAGCUUAGAAGGAGAAAAAGAGGAUAUUUCAGUGCACAACCUCAAAGCAUGUGGGAAGGAGAGCUCCAUAUCAUUCGGAGUAAAGAGACAGCAGGGAGUGUAUUCGGUGGAGAAAUGCUCCGAGGAGCCUGGUGGCCCCGCUCUCUAUGGGCAGAGCUCCUCUGCCAGAGAGGAGCGGCAGAGACACAUGCUCAUGGACUCUGAUGAGAAACCUAAGAUUUCCUGUCUACGAGGAAAAGUGCCAGGAAAUGUGACUGUGCAUCAGUGCAAUAACACGGGAGAGAAACCCUUCUCCUGCCCAUUACGCGAGUCGAGCCCCACUCACAAAAGGAACAUGAAAUCCCAACAGAGAACACUUGCAGGGGAUGAGAGUUACACUCCAGACCAGAGCCCUGACAUCAAAGAAAGCACAUCAACAGAAGCAGAAGAGACCAAAAGAUUAGCACCUUGCCAAACAGAUUCUCUUGAACGUAAGCCCCUGAUUUCACGUGGACUCAAGAUGGCAUCUGCAAACUUAGAGGACCAAACGCUCCAUUUGACUGUCAGACUGCGGGCAGGGGAGGAGGAGGAGGAGGAAGAAGAAGAAGAAGAAGAAGAAGAGGAACAAGAUGAAGAAAUUGGUGGUUUAAUCAACUCUGAUGGAGAAGUGGUUGAAUGGAAUGUCAGAGACAGUCCUGACCGAGGCUCUGAUUGCACAGAAAGUCCUCAGCCUAGCAAGGGUGUCGUCCUGUCAGAGUCUCAGCUGCAAGGCCCAAACCAGAGAGACAGCAGUAGUCCAACGCUCAUCAUGGAAGUUGUGUCUGUUGGGGAAGAUGAAGAAAGGGAAGAAGGCGAGGAAAAGGAGAGAGCAGUAAAGACGGCAGCUGUCCCGCCCGUACACCGUGGAAAGAGACACAGGAGAAAGAAGAAGGCUCCAGAAAUAACAGUGGUGUCAGUGGACGUCUCGGAAUCAGAGAAAGAAGUUCCUGCAACUCCUGUAAAAAGACGGGGCAGAAGAAAGGCUUCAGAGGUGCCGCUGUUGUCUGAUGUAGACCUAGAUGAAGAGCCAGGAAUAUCGAGGCGCACUCGAAGAAAGAGAAAUGUCCCUAUCAUUGUGGAACCAGAAGAAGUAAACUCCAAAACUGUCCGCCGUGCUGCUGCAAAGCGACCUUACAGAAGAAGGAAAGAUACCAAACAAUCUGCUGAAGGAGGAGGAGACAACACAGGUGUUUCUGCUGGGAAGAAGCGCCCUGGCAGAAAGAUGAUUCGUGUUCCAAUAGAAAUACCUCCUGAGCUCCUGAAGAAGCCCAAAGAGAAGAUGGAGUACCACUGCUCAGUGUGUGGCAAAGAGUUCCCUCACGCCUACAAACUUGAGAGGCACGAGCUGAUCCACACAGGAGAGAAACCCUACUGCUGCUCCAUCUGUGGUCGAGGUUUCAACCAAAAGGGGAAUCUCAAAACGCACUACAAAGUCCACUUAGGUCGUAAGGGUGCUGUGGAUUUUGACGAUGAGGUGAACCCCAUAGCAUCAGAACUCUCCGAAUACUUGAAGUCUCUGCCGGGGGAGUCCAGGAUCAGAUCAUCCCUCCGUUGCCUGGAAUGUGGAAAAGAAUGUGAGAGUCACUCAGCUUUACAAGCACAUCAUAUCACGACACACACAGAAACAGCUGGUGAACCAGACGCAGUCGAGCACAGCGCAUCGCAGCUUCUCUUCUGCCGCCGCUGUGGCAUUCAGUUCAACGAGAAAGAAAAGCUGGAAGAACAUAUGAAAACCCACAUCAAGGAGAAGCCCUACUCCUGUCCCGACUGUGGCAAGAAGUUCAUCAACGAGAGCUACAUCCAAGUUCACCAGCGCAUCCACACUGGGGAGAAACCAUUCCUCUGCUCCCAGUGCGGCAGAGGCUUCCACACGGCUUCCUCACUCAAGCUGCAUGAGAUGCAGCACUCCGGGGAGAGGCCCUUCGCAUGCACCAUCUGUGGGAAGACGUUUCGGAUAAACUCGUACCUAACAGCACAUUACCAGACCCACAUCAAAGACAGACCUUUCAUUUGUAGUGUCUGUGGGAAAGGCUACUCCAGAGCUGAGGAACUGAAGGUGCACCACAGGCUUCACACAGGAGAGAGACCCUAUGAGUGUGGAGAGUGUGGGAAGAGCUUCAUUUACCGCCAGGGUCUGCGGCAGCAUCAGCGCACACAUGCUGGAAGACGCAUCGGGCCAACCAGACAGCUCGGUAGACCGAAGCAACAGGCCAGGCUGGACAUCUAACAGUUGAUCUAUUGAUGCAUUUUUUGUUGUUAACCGUGUUUGAAGAUAUUACAGUAAAUUGCGCUUCUUUCCUGUUCUUCUUCCUUUCAUUCCUCCCACCUACAGCAGAGACGAUUACUGUGUCUGAAAAUAUACGCUACAGAGUCAGCGUGGGUUGCCAAGAAUAAUGUGGAAGCUUACUGUGUUGUCUUUCUCGUAAUCAUGUUUUGUACCCAUGUUUCUCUGUUUACUCCUCUCUAGUAGCCCAUCUGUACAAUUUGAGUGCCUUUGUAUCCUGCAUGCCAAAUACUAAUACUUAAUGUUAAAAAAAUAUGCACAAUAUCCUUGUUAUUUUAAAAAUCCAUGUUGAUGGAAUACAGAAAUUUUUCAGAAA